AUGGCCUCGUUCCCCGAGCCCGACUUCCAGGCCUGCCUGCUGUGCAAGGAGAUGUGCGGCUCCCCGGCGCCCUUGUCGUCCGGCUCGUCGUCGGCCUCGUCCACGUCGUCGUCCGGCUCGUCGUCGUCUGGGGGCGUCGUGGGAGGCGUUGGGGGGCUCCCCGCGUCGUCGGCGCGCCGCCUGCACAUCCUGCCCUGCCUGCACGCCUUGUGCCGCGCCUGCCUGGAGGCGCACCGGCUGCCGGGCAUAGGCGCGGGAGGCGCCGGCGGAGGAGGAGGAGGUGGAGGUGGAGGACCUGGAGGCGCCCCCGGGGACGCCCUCAAGCUGCGCUGCCCCGUGUGCGAACAGAAGGCCGUGCUGCAGGCCGAGGCGGCGGGCCCGGCCGACAUGGACGCGCUGCCCACCUCGCCCGCCUUCCUCCUCAGCAACCUGCUGGACGCCGUGGAGACGCCGCCGCCCAAGAACGGGCGCCCCGGGAACCCUCCGGGCCAUCCCCGGGCCCGCGCGCCCCAGCCGCCCGCCGCCGCCGCCGCCGCCGCCACCCCGGCUGCCACGCUGCCCCGGCUGCUGCGCCGGCCCCAGGGCUGCAGCUCGUGCGACGAGGGCAACGCCGCGUCCUCGCGCUGCCUCGACUGCCAGGAGCACCUGUGCGACAACUGCGUCCGCGCGCACCAGCGCGUGCGCCUCACCAAGGACCACUACAUCGAGCGCGGCCCGCCGGGCCUGGGCCCGGCCUUCCCCGGCGGCGCGCCCUUCUCCCUCCUGGCCGUCUUCCCCGAGCGCCUCGACUUCUGCCAGAACCACACCGACGAGGUGCUGCAUCUCUACUGUGACACCUGCUCAGUGCCCAUCUGUCGGGAGUGUACCAUGGGCCGACACGGGGGCCACAGCUUCAUCUACCUCCAGGAAGUGCUACAGGACUCGCGGGCACUCACCAUCCAGCUGCUGGCUGAUGCCCAGCAGGGCCGCCAGGCAAUCCAGCUGAGCAUCGAGCAAGCCCAGACGGUGGCGGAGCAGGUAGAGAUGAAGGCUAAGGUGGUUCAGUCGGAGGUGAAAGCCGUGACGGCACGACACAGGAAAGCCCUGGAGGAGCGCGAGUGCGAGCUGUUGUGGAAGGUAGAGAAGAUCCGCCAGGUGAAAGCCAAAUCCCUGUACCUGCAGGUGGAGAAGCUGCGGCAGAACCUCAACAAACUGGAGAGUACCAUCAGUGCCGUGCAGCAGGUGCUAGAGGAGGGCCGAGCCCUGGACGUGCUGCUGGCCCGCGACCGCAUGCUGGCCCAGGUCCAGGAGCUGAAGAGCGUGCGCAGCUUCCUGCAGCCCCAAGAAGACGACCGGGUCAUGUUCACCCCCCCUGACCAGGCCCUGUACCUGGCCAUCAAGUCCUUGGGCUUCGUCAGCAGCGGGGCCUUUGCGCCCCUCACCAAGGCUAAGGGCGAGGGCCUCAAGCGAGCCCUGCAGGGCAAGGUGGCCUCGUUCACGGUCAUCGGCUAUGACCACGACGGGGAGCCCCGCCUCUCCGGGGGUGACCUGAUGUCCGCCGUGGUCCUGGGCCCCGAUGGCAACCUGUUUGGGGCCGAGGUGAGCGACCAGCAGAAUGGGACCUACCUGGUGAGCUACCGGCCCCAGCUGGAGGGCGAGCACCUGGUGUCCGUCACUCUGUGCAACCAGCAUAUAGAGAACAGCCCCUUCAAGGUGCUGGUGAAGUCGGGCCGCAGCUACGUGGGCAUCGGGCUCCCGGGCCUGAGUUUCGCCAGCGAGGGCGACAGCGACGGCAAGCUGUGCCGCCCCUGGGGCGUGAGCGUGGACAAGGAGGGCUACAUCAUCGUCGCCGACCGCAGCAACAACCGCAUCCAGGUCUUCCAGCCCUGCGGCACCUUCCACCACAAGUUUGGCACCCUGGGCUCCCGGCCCGGGCAGUUCGACCGGCCGGCCGGCGUGGCCUGCGACGCCUCCCGCCGCAUCGUGGUGGCGGACAAGGACAAUCAUCGCAUCCAGAUCUUCACCUUCGAGGGCCAGUUCCUCCUCAAGUUCGGGGAGAAGGGCACCAAGAACGGGCAGUUCAACUACCCCUGGGAUGUGGCCGUGAACCCCGAGGGCAAGAUCCUGGUGUCUGACACGCGCAACCACCGCAUCCAGCUGUUCGGGCCCGACGGAGUCUUCCUCAACAAGUACGGCUUUGAAGGGGCCCUCUGGAAGCACUUUGACUCGCCCCGCGGGGUGACCUUCAACCACGAGGGCCACCUGGUGGUCACCGACUUCAACAACCACCGCCUCCUGGUCAUCCACCCCGACUGCCAGUCAGCGCGCUUCUUGGGGUCCGAGGGCACCGGCAAUGGGCAGUUCCUGCGCCCACAGGGGGUGGCCGUGGACCAGGAGGGCCGCAUCAUUGUAGCGGAUUCCAGGAACCACCGGGUCCAGGUGUUCGAGUCCAACGGCAGCUUCCUGUGCAAGUUUGGGGCUCAAGGCAGCGGCUUCGGCCAGAUGGACCGUCCUUCUGGCAUCGCCAUUACCCCGGAUGGCAUGAUCGUUGUGGUUGAUUUUGGCAACAAUCGAAUCCUUGUCUUCUAA